CCUGAGGAGAAAAUGGCGGCGCCCAUGAGCGAGCGCUCUCCAGCCUCGGAGCCCGGUGCUGCUCCCUACGGCAACUUCCCCAAUUAUUCCCGCUUCCACCCGCCCGAGGGACGAGUCAGCCUCCUGCCUGGCGGGCUUUUGCGGAGCUUGUUUCCCGCGGCAUCCCGCCCGCUGCUGGGGCUCGAUGUGGGCUGCAACUCGGGGGAGCUAAGUGUGGCUCUGUACAGGCAUCUCCUUGGCCUUCAGGAGGGCGAAGGCAGCCUGGACCAGCCCGCAGCUGGAAAGGAUCUGAAUCUUCUGUGCUGUGACAUUGAUCCGGUGUUGAUUGAGAGGGCUCAGCAGUGCAGCCCCUUUCCUGCCUCCAUAUCCUUUGCCAGCCUGGACAUCAUGGACUCCAGUGCCAGGGAGUCAUUCCUGAGCUCCUACCUGGGCCGUUUUGGCCACUCUACCUUUGACAUCAUUUUUUGCAUGUCUGUGACCAUGUGGAUCCACCUGAAUCAUGGAGAUAGUGGCCUGAUGGAGUUCCUGUCCUUCCUCUCCUCUCUGUGCAAGUACCUGCUGAUUGAACCUCAGCCAUGGAAGUGCUACAGGGCAGCUGCGCGCCGCCUGCGGAAGCUGGGCAGGAAUGACUUUGAUCACUUCCGAUCUCUUGCUAUCAAUGGGGAUAUGGUGGAGAGGAUAACCCAGAUCUUAACGAAGGACUGUGCCAUGGAGCUGGUGUGCUGCUUUGGGAGCACCAGCUGGGACAGAAGUCUCUUGCUUUUUAAGUCAAAUCACGAGGGCAGAGAGUCUUCAGAACAGGAACAGUGACUGAUAAAUGGCCUCUCACAUUCAUGAAUCCAUAGACAAGGAAUUGCUUGCUAUUUACAGAGGCAGAUCUAGGAAUUCCUAAGUUGUAUUGGAACCAGACCUUGACUUCCCUGGGGAGUUUGGGGCAAGUAAUGUUUCUGUUUUUUCUUUUUUUUUUUUGCUUUCUAUCUGCAAAACGUGGUGGCAGUUUUAACCUGCCUUGUGGGUUCUGAGGUUGCAGUUCCUAGAAAGCGCUCUUGAAAUCAAAGUUGCUACAUAUGUACUUUCUAUGUGUACCAAGAAUAUUCCCUGGAAGAAGACAGAACGUUCCCUUUUUGUCCCUGGAGCUCUUCAAGGAAAGGGAAUGUUUCUGUUUACCUGUACAGUGCACUAUUUGUUCUGCUUCUCAUCAUGUUUUCUGUAUAAAAUGCUCUUGGAAAACAUAUAACUUGGUUUAUCAGCAAUGAGCAAGUGAGUUGGGUCGUUGCAGAAGGUCAACAGGAUGCUCAGAAAGGCUGUAGAUGCCUCAUCCCUGGAAACAUUCCAGGUCAGGCUGGACGGGACUCUGAGUAACCUGAUCUAGUUGAAGAUGUCCCUGCUGAUGGCAAGGGGUUGGACUAGGUGGCCUUUAGAGGUCCUUUCCCACCCAAACCAUCCCGCCAUUCUGUGAUGUUGGUCAGGCUGUGAUCAAUGCACCUUUGCAGACGGAGGUUGACACUAGCGUUCUCUUUCUGUGGAGUGAAGGAUUCCUAUGGUAGAGCGUGUAUUUAUUUGUGUAUAAUA